AUGCUGACCGAAUUCGACGAAACAUGUGGAUGCGUCGGUAUUCAGCUGAAUCUCCAAAAGACCAUGUUCAUGCGCAACGGAUGGGUCUCAGAUGCCCCAUUCGCGCUCAACGGAACGAACAUAUCCGAACACACCAGCUACGUUUAUCUGGGUCGGGAAUUGAACAUGAUGAACGAACUGAGCUGGGCAGGAGGAGACGAGCGGCUUGGGGAGCGUAUAAGAUCAUCGACGAACACAACCCUACUUCCUGUUUUGACCUAUGCUUCGGGAACCUGGGCAUUUCGCAAGCAGGAAGAAAACGCGGUGAGCGUCAUUGAACGCGCAAUUGAGAGAGUGAUGGUAGGAGUAUCCCGUUUCACGCAAGUGAGGGACGGGAUUCGAAGUUCUCUCCUACGUCAACGAUCGAAGAUUAGAGACGCCGCCGCGUUUGCCAAGGAAAGUAAAAUAAGGUGGGCCGGACACGUGAUGCGCUUUAACGACAACGUUUGGACCAGAGCCGACACUGGGAUCCCCGCGAUAUUAAGCGCACUACAGGACGACCGCCGAACCGAUGGUCAGAUUUCUUCACGAAGUCCUUCGAAAAAAAAUAUGAUACUCUACGUGUCCCACGCGAAAGGAGGAACCACUGGGCUACUCUGGCACGCGAUCGGGACAAAUGGAAGAAUUACUGGCGUACGCUCGACCAGUUCGAAGAUCAACGGGAGUCAAGGUGAUCAAGGUGGGUAA